AUGGCCAAACCCUCAUCCUCCAAACCCUCCUCACCACCACUACCAGAUUCCCCCUACAGACCUCGUAUCAAAAGAUCUAUGAUAUGGCACCCGGGACACUGUACCAGAGGCUUCAUAGUCACAGAUUUUUACGGCGAUCUUAACGCUUCGAUUAUAGAACACGGAGAAGUUAUAAAAUGCUGUGGACAGUUUUGGAAGGCGAAUAGACAGUGUACGGUGGGGCAGGAUGGUACUGAUGAUCCUGAAGAGCCGCAUCCGAUCUAUAAACGCUACAGACCAUCAACAAUAAACGACAUCGAGGUAUCAACAAUAGCAAGGCCACUAAACCGUUGUCAAUGUCAACCAUCUCAUAGCACAACUGUUCCGAAUCUCACUACAAAGUCAGCUACAUCUAUAACAUCUACGUCCAUGGCCACCUCAACGAAUCGUAAUAAUAAACCCACCUUAUCCCCAACCCUACCAUCCCAACGUUCACAGACACCUUCCCAGUUCCCUAUUACCUCCGCAACUUACAGUCCUACGGAGUAUAUCGCCCCAGAAGGUUCAUAUCCGCGUCCGCAGCAGCCAACAGUUCCGCUACCAUCAUCAUCGCGGUCAGCAUACCGUGAUCCUGUGGUUGCGUUAUCAAGUAGAUUACCAUUGGAACGGACGAAAGGCCAUGUAGCCGAGGGGGUUGGGAGUGCGCUUGGUAAGUUUAAAAGGGCGAAGGAAAAAGAAGGUAGCAAGUCACCUACUUUUUGGGGAUGUAUUGGUGAGGAUGGGGGGAAGAGUCCGGUUGGUAGGGAGGUUGGCUGUCAGCAUGUUUUUUAUUGUAGUCAUUGUGGGGGGAAGAAUAGUGUUUGGAGUGAUAGGAGGGGUUCUGAGGGGAGAGAGUAG